GCCAUUCAGGAGCUGGUCAUGCCCUGAAUGUGGCGGCGAUGAAGACGCUAUGCCACAGUGCACCAAGGGCGAGCUCGAGUUCGCUCUUGAUAUUGUUGGCGCGUACAACGAGGUCCACGAUGUCGAGCUGUCUUGGACGCCACUCCUUCGACUGCCCAAUUGCUGAACACGGCAGGCUUUCGGAAGUAUUAUUCACGUGAUAGAUACACUUACUACGCAUAUCGCGUGGUGGUGCUCCCAUUCUUUGCGUGAACGGCGCGUGCGGGGUCAUGAACGGAGCUACAUAGCUAUUCCUAUGAAUAUCUCAGGAGACACGGAACAUAGCUUCGAACAUAUCCACCUACACCCACCACCCUCAAGAGUCUGGGCACCACGAGCAGCUAUGGGUAUUGAUGCAGGCUUCGAUAUGGUACCUCGCUUGUCAAAUGACACCGGUGAUAUAGAGAAAUGGGCCCGCUUCAUCGAUCAAAUUAGAGAUACAUACCGUGGUGACGCACAAGUUCUUAUCAAACCUUGUUGUAUCACAUUCGAAGCAGGCGAACACCCUAGGCUCCCUUUUGAAGGCCAUAAGUUCUUACGUUUCAGCUCCAAGGUUUCAGGACGUACGGCAGAGGCUACGGGAGUAAGAAAAUAUAUCAGGGAGGUUACAGUUAUUGCAAAGGCUCACUUCGGCUCCCGUAUUCGGAACUGGGACGAGGGUAUCGACCGGUUUGGUGUCUACCGGUGGGAUGUAGUCCAUGAGUCGAUGGCAUCUUAUGAGAAGCCGGCUGACCCCAAGGUCUCUCCCGCUAUCGUAAUUCCACCUAAGGAGCCAGGGGUUCCACUUUACUUGGUCACCGAAGUUACCGGCAGAGGCAAAGGUCUCGUCGCACUAUUCCAUAUCCCCGCAGGCACACGUCUCCUCUGUGAGAAGCCGCUGUUUACAGUGAAUAACAUGCCGCCUGAUGAAUUGGAGAUCUGUAUUGCAGCGAAGCUGAAAGUCUUGUCCAAAGGGGAGCAACGACAGUUUCUAUCUCUGCACAAUAACUACCGUGGAAGAUAUCCGUUUAGCGGCAUUGUAAAAACCAAUGCUCUACCUUGCGGACCUAGCUCGCCUGUAGGCGGAGUUUACCCUACGAUAUGCCUCAUCAACCACAGCUGUCUCCCAAACUCUCAUAACAAUUGGAACGAUAACGAAAGACAUGAGACUAUACACGCAACUCGACCGAUUCAGGCCGGAGAAGAGAUCACCAUCUCAUAUGAUCGUGGUGGUAAGGCUCAUACUCGAAGGGCAUUUCUGAGGAAGGCUUUUGGUUUCGAUUGUAGCUGUAGUGGAUGUUCUCUUCAGCCUCCCGAGCUCAAAGCCAGCGACUCCCGCCGCCAAUCAAUCCAAGAUCUCGACGCGGCCAUUGGCGAUCUACAUCAGAUGGCACACAAACCAACAGAGAUUCUGAGGAAAUGUCGAGCUCUGUUUCAAGUCCUUGAAGAGGAAUUCAAAGGGUAUGCUUGGCCUCCCAAAGCCAAACUUUACUACGAUGCCUUUCAAGUCAGUAUCGCGCAUGGAGAUGAGGCCAGAGCAAGCCUGUUUGCUGAGAGGGCGUACGAAGCUAGGGUUAUAUGCGAGGGUGAAGAUAGCCCUGAGACGCGGAAGAAAAAGUCUCUUGCAUUGAAGCCCAGAGAUCAUAAUGCUUAUGGUCUGUACUCUAUGAAAUGGAAGAGUGAGAGAAACAUGAUACCAAAAGGCCUGAGUACAGAGCAGCUUGAGAAGUGGUUAUGGAGGGAGUGAAUGUUAGGAGAAUACGACUAUCUCGUGGAGAGCAACGUCACUCGAUGGCUGCGACUAAGGCCGAGUGCUCGCAUUACGUCAUAUAUACCGGCCGAGUGAUUCCCGAGUCGUCAUUUUGCCAGAAUCCGUGGUAGUGGCUCGAUUAUGCAGUAUGGCUGGGGCAGUUUUGAUUGCAGGGGUGUCUUGACUUC